CCAAACUGAAUGGAACAUCCUGAAAGUGGUUCGGCUCUCAGAGCAGGAGAGCAGCAACUGACAACAUCGCAGGGGGGCAACUUCGCUUCUCUUCACUUUACCGACGGCAGGCAGACCGACACCGGAGGCGACUCAAAAACUCGGCUUCUGGUUUUCGGGAAUGCUUCCUGUGUCUGCCAGUAAAGAGCAGAGAGUGACAGUCCCAUCUGUCAAUUCACAUCUGAAGACAUGUUGUUCUGGACUCUGCCUGACUGGAAAGUAGUGCUGCUGAUUGUGCUGCUGUGGGACACCCUCUGUGCUUUGGGACUAAAACCCACGAGACGGCCACUGUAUUCCCAAAAGCCUCUGCUCCUGGCUUGGAAUGCCCCAACUGAGGACUGUGCCCCGCGGCAUGGUAUUCGCUUUCAGCUGGACCUUUUCCAGAUUGUGGCCUCACCCAAUGAGGGCUUUGUUAGACAGAACCUCACCAUCUUCUAUAAGGACCGCUUGGGCUUGUACCCGUUUUUUGAGCCAGAUGGGACGCCGGUGAAUGGGGGGCUGCCACAGGUGGCCAGUCUUACACAGCACCUAGAGAAGAUGCCAGGAGGUGUGCAGAAGUAUAUUCGGGAACCAGGGGCCACGGGUCUGGCAAUUAUUGACUGGGAGGAGUGGCGUCCACUCUGGAUACGUAACUGGGAAACCAAAGAUGUUUACCGCAGACAUUCUCGUGAGUUGGUGCGUCAGAAGAACCCAACAUGGCCUCCAGAGCAGGUGGCAAAAGUGGCCCAGCAGGAGUUUGAGAUAUCUGCCAGGAAGUUCAUGCUGGAGACGCUGAAGCUUGCCAAGAACCUGAGGCCCAACCAGCUGUGGGGUUUCUACCUGUUCCCAGACUGCUACAAUCAUGACUACAGGCGCACUCUGGAGAACUACACAGGCCGCUGUCCUGACGUAGAGGUAGCCCGCAACGAGCAGCUGAAGUGGUUGUGGACUGAGAGCACGGCCCUCUUCCCCUCCAUCUACAUGGGCACCGUGCUGCGUUCCUCAGCCUCCGGACGGCAGUUUGUGCGGAACCGAGUGAAGGAGGGGAUGCGUUUGGCAUCAUCAGGCGAUGGGUUGGCACGUCCUGUCUUUGUGUACACCAGGCCCACCUAUGCCAACUCCCUGGAACAGCUGACAGAGACUGACCUCAUCUCCACCAUCGGGGAGAGUGUGGCUUUAGGCGCAGCUGGAAUCAUCAUGUGGGGAGAUGCAGCGUACGCAAGCAGCAAAAACAGCUGCUCAAACUUGGAUGUGUAUUUGCGAGGUCCACUGGGUCAAUACCUCCUCAACGUCUCCACGGCAGCAGAGCUAUGCAGCCAGACCUUGUGUGCUUCUCGAGGCCGCUGUCUGCGCAAAAAUCCGGACAGCGACGUUUACUUGCAUCUGAACCCCCUCCACCACCACAUCAUCGAGCAGAGUGGCAAGCCGACCGUCACCGGUGAGCUUGGCGAAGCAGAGAAGAGAAGUUUUCAGACAGAGUUUCAGUGCCAGUGCUACAGUGGCUAUCAGGGAGAGGUCUGCGAGCAGUCAGACCCUCUGCACCAAAGAGGGACAGCAUCUCAAACACUGGCAUCAGCACUGCAAUGUGUGAUCUUACUGAUUAUCUCUCUACUCCUCUGUUAAUACACCGUAAAUACUGUAGACAUAGCAGCAUUUUAUGUCUAAAUAUAGAGCACACCAGCUGACAAGUUUAGAAUUUUAAAGCAACAUUAUGUAAGAUUUUUUUGUGUGUGCGCGAUUUGGUGCCCCUACUGUUUUAGACUGUAAUUCACCUUCGCAAAGAAGGACAGCUGUACACGUGCCUUUGUUAUAAUUACAUUACUUACGAUCAGAAACUAGCAACAACUUUGAUAAUACAGCCAAACAUCAAGCAAGUGCCACAACACAAGACAUCACAAUAUUACUUAAUAGUCCAACAGAAAGAUCGCCCGCUCUGCAUCUAUCUUGCAGUGUUUUAUUUCCCAAAGCUCUCGCCAAUGCUGGGAGCUUCUUGCAUGGUCACACUUUUUUCUUUCUUCCGCUGUCAAAGUCAGCUGUCGAAUUAUUUCGUACUAGUCCAACAGCUACAAGGCCAGCUCGUCAUCGGUCUUGUAUCCUUUCAGCACCUGGUUUCUCUUCUUCACGUCUUCUUGGGUCUCCUCGCAGCCUCUGCCAUGAUAUCCAUACUGAGAAUACCGAGCUAGCUUCUUCCUAUUGCUCACUUGCUGAAGAGUUUCGUUGGUGUGAUGUGGUGCCUUACAACAUUACGCUGUUGUUGCGAUAGGUUUCCUUCCUGGGACUACACUGUUAUGUAGUAGAGAUGCCAUUCUCCCUAUUAAAUGUCAGUGUACCAUCAAAAUUAUUUUAAAGCUGUUUUUUUUUAAGAUAAAAUUACUACAUAAUGUUGCUUUAAGGAGUGUGGAGUGUCAUAUUUUUCCUUUUUUUUUUUUUAAAACAUGGAUGAUACAAAGUUAAUUUUAAGAAACACUGUGGAAAUUGCAAGUUAUAUUUGUUUAUAACUUUUAAUCUUUUUUAAACCACGGAGGGCUCGCUGGAAAUGACCUUGUUUACAUUUUGCUCUCAGUUUCCUCUCAGUCAUUGUUUCCAAAAGUGUCAAAUUCCAUGUUUCUCACAGAGAGAAAGUUUUUUGGGGGUAAUGUGAUGAAUGAGUUGAUGCGUGGUGAAAGUGGAAUUGAUGCACUUAAAUCUGAGAACAGAACAAUAUAUUUCAAGUGCCUGAUCUUUUUUCAACCUCUCUCUGACAUCUGAUGUUUUUAUGGAGGCAAUUACAGUGUUAAUAUUUAUUUGAAUGUAUUUUUAGGUGUUUUAUAUUAUCUUGUCUAAUUUUUAUGUCCAAAACAUGACUACUAUAGUUUCCUCUUUAAAACACUAUAUAACUCGAUUUACCCUUUUCUGUAUUUCAGCAGUUAUUUUACAUCAGAAGCACAAAUGAUAUAAAACCAAUUUCUCUGACAUGGCCUCCUCUCUUCAUGCUGUUUUAUCAAAUUAGACUUUUGUUGAAGUAAAUAAAUUUCUUUGUUGAGGUC